AUGGAUAAAUUGGCUACUUAUCAUUCAAAACAAGAUUUUAAGAAGUUUUGGAAAUCCACGAAUAAGCUCAACGUUGGACCUAGUCUUCCUGAAGCAGUAAAUGGGGUUAGUGACAUGAAGCAAAUUGCAGAUUUCUUCAGGGAUCAUUUUAUGGUCACGUCACCCUUAGGGCCGUCGUCACACCCCGUGUCCAAUGCUGAAACCAAGCGUGAACUCAAAAUGGUAGCAAGUGACAAAAUGAUAUCACGAGUUAUUAAAACUAUGGUUGCAGAAAACCACUGUAUGCUACAUGAUGGCCAGCAUGGCUUCUCGCGUGGUCUAUCAACAGAAACAGCAAUAAUGAGUUUAAAGCAUACUGUCAAAUACUACACGGACAGGCGCACCCCAGUGUAUGCCUGUUUUCUAGAUCUGAGUAAAGCUUUCGAUCUUGUCUCGUACAACAUCUUAUGGCGUAAGUUAGAAGGCGUAGGUUUACCUUGUGGCUACAUCAAUUUACUCAAGUAUUGGUAUAGUAACCAAGUGAACUAUGUGAGAUGGGCGAACGAGUAUUCUGAGCCGUACAGGAUGGAAUGCGGGGUUAGGCAAUGGGGCUGA